AAAACCUGUCAUUGAGCUGACUGCCAUGUUCUGAGUUGAACGUUUUGUCAUCUGAACAAUCUUUGUUUAUCAAUUGCAGAAGACAAUGGCAGUUGAAAUCUAACAAAUUUUUUGGUGUUUCUUUCACACUGACCUGUUUCAAAGUUGAUAUUUCAAGUUAAUCCUUGGCCAGUUGAGUAAUCUUGGGUUCUUCCUGGAUUUAUGACUCCGCCUUUAGCCAUGUCGUGCUUGAUUUUCAUGGUGUUCAUGCUGCUAAAGGUGGCAUGUUCCGACACCGUUCAGGGGAAUUUCAGCUUCUAUGGGCUAUUAAAGCUCGAAGGUGUCCUAGAGGUAGAUUCCAAUGGUGUAAUUGUCGUAACAAACUCGACGGCACAAGAUGCGGGCUACGCAUAUUACAGCAGUCCCCUCCAGUUCAAGAAUUCAUCGGCGGUGCCUGGUCACUGAACAAUUCCAAUGACGGGAACAGUUCAAACCACGUGAUCGUACUUGAACUCGACCGGAUCAUCGGUAACAAUCAAUAUGGGAGUUCUGAGAGUUUCAUGCUCAAUACAGGAGACCCGAUCCAAACUUGGUUGGAAUACAACAGCACCAACAACCAAGUCGAGGUCACCUUAUAUCCGGUUAGUAAGCCGAGACCUAGUGUCCCCCUCUUGACCUGGACGCAAGAUAUUUCUUCUUACAUGUACGAGUACAUGUAUGUCGGCUUCUCAUCAUUUGCAGAAACAUCUUCGACGUCUCAUUACCUAUUAGCCUGGAACUUCAAAAUGAAAGGCGAAGCUGAAGACAUCGAAGCGUCUCGGCUUCCUAAACUUCCUAUAGGCACUGAAGGAAAUGGAAGAUACAGAAAAUUAAAGAAAAUCGUAGCCGUAGUUCUGUCCCUAUCUGCGGCUACUUUUGUCCUGGUUUUAGUUUUCGGUGCAAUCUUGGUUUUGAGGAAGAGGAGGUCUAGGGAAGUGUUGGAAGAUUGGGAAGUCCAGUAUGGACCGCACAAGUUCACCUACAAGGAACUCUUCGCCGCCACAAAGGGCUUCAAGGACAGAGAGCUUCUCGGGAAAGGAGGGUUCGGCCGAGUGUACAGAGGACUCUUGCCAGUGUCGAACAUGCAGAUUGCAGUGAAGAGGGUUGCCCACGAUUCCAACCAAGGGAUGAGAGAAUUCGUCGCAGAAAUCGCCACCAUUGGCCGCCUACGGCAUCCGAACCUUGUAAGGCUUCUCGGUUAUUGCAGGCGGAAGGAAGAACUGUUCCUAGUCUAUGAUUACAUGCCCAAUGGAAGCCUAGACAAGUAUUUGUAUGGGCAACCGAAAUCGACACUCGAUUGGGGAAUGCGAUACAAGAUCCUGAAAGAUGCGGCGGCGGCGCUCUUCUAUUUGCACCAGCAAUGGACACAAGUGGUCAUACACCGGGAUAUCAAAGCCAGCAAUGUCCUGAUAGAUGGCGAAAUGAAUGCGAGAUUAGGAGAUUUCGGCCUGGCCAAGUUAGUCGACCACGGGACCGACCUCCAAACAUCUGUCUUGGCGGGCACGCUGGGCUACAUCGCACCCGAGCUUGCCCGGACCGGCAAAGCGAGCACAAGCACUGACUUGUAUGCGUUUGGGAUUUUCAUGUUGGAGGUCGUUUGUGGAAGGAGGCCGUUGGAUCCCCGAGCGCCAGCAGAUCGAACUCUUCUGGCCGAGUGGGUGCUAAACUGCUGGGAAAGGGGAGAUCUUCUGGAGGCCGUGGACGGCAGGCUCCGGAACGAGUACACAGCCGAGGAAGCCGAAGUGGCAUUGAAGCUCGGGCUCUACUGCUCACACACGGUGGCAGCUGCUAGGCCCAGCAUGUCUAGUGUGGUUCAGUACUUGAACGGAGUCUCGAAACUGCCCGACGACUUGAGCGACAUAAUUAAAGCUCGGGACUUCCCGGGAAGCACUAGCGCCACUAGCUCGGUCAUGCCACGGAACAUGUCGAUCUCUUCAUGGACGUUCUCGGCAUCUCUGGUCGCCGAAGGCCGGUAAAGAUUGCUGGGUUUUGUUUCGAGUUCUCCGUCUCUCGGUUUAGUAUGAACAACUAGCAUGAAAUGGCCAUGUACCAAAUAAUUUCUCGUCUCUCUUUAGCAGAAUUCUAUAUAUUGUUCCCUCCGCAAGGAUACAGAUUCUUUUUCCCUUGCUGUAAAUUUCAAUAAUUAUUAAUAA